CAGCACUGAAGAAGUGCAUACCGAACUCAAGGCCAUCAUCACCCAGUCCGUCCGAAGCGGCUAUUGAUCACAGGAAAUUGAGAUCUCUGAAGGGAAGCACUCAUACUCAUGGUGGAAUCCGAAGUGCGGCGUAGACGGGCUGUAACACUGUAAGCAACAUUAGAUAGCCUGAAGUUUACACACUGACAUGAUACCCUGAUAGAUCUUGUUCCCUGCGUAGGAGGCGCAAGAUUCGCUGCAAUCGAGAGAGACCAUGUAGUAAUUGCAUACGGUCCAGGAGCGGUUCUUGUACCUAUGAGAGCCAGAACCCAAAUCCCCUCCCUCCCAAUAUUCCUCAGACCCAACGGUCUUCCAGCUCCAGUCAUCCAACUCAAACUGAGGUAUCAGAUACAGCAAACUCCGAUCAAGUAUCAGCUACCAGUCGUCGGAGCUUACCAAGUUUGGGAGUGACCUCGAGUGCCACCACGCCAUCAUCAUUUUCACACCAGCCAUCUAUUGGUGAAGUCGACGCAUUGAAGCUUAAAAUCCAAUAUCUCGAAGACAAACUGUCAGAAGCUAACCUCGUUUCGACUCCAUUCCAAGCUUCUACCUCAAAUACCAACCUCACUGAGGUCGCAAAGUCCCGUUUGGGUGGAACCUAUUAUGUCCAUUACGACAACGCCUUACCAGGUCAACCACAAUCCGUUGCACGGAGUCUUACACAUAAGACCCGUUUACUGGGACAAAGUCACUGGGAAGUCAAUGGCAUUUGUUUGGUGCGUAAUAACAUGCACUACAGUGAUUUAUGAGUCAAAAUACUUACGGAAAUCAGAUACGCGAUAUUUUUGAGGCAAUUGAAUUAGCACCUCGAGAAUCAUGGAGUGGCAUGGAGAAAUGUAAGGUAUUAGCGAGAGAGAUCAAGCUCCGUCGAGCACCACCAUGGCCCAUAAUCUCUACAUCCAAUCUACCAUCGAGGGAUAUUUGUGACAAGUUAAUUGAGUGCUACAUCCAAACAACCGAUUCCAUAACUCGCAUUCUGCAUAUCCCCACCUUCAAAAGAGAAUACGAAGCUCUUUGGGUCUCCGAAACCCCAUCUGACAUUGCCUUCCUAACCCAACUGAAACUCGUUCUCGCACUCGGCGCAGUAACCUACGACGAGACCUUUUCGCUGCGGGUUUCAGCUCUUCACUGGGUAUACGAAGCACAAGUUUGGGCAUCCGACCCUUUCAAGCUACGGGUUGAUAUCCCAUCUCUGCAGUCCGAUAUUCUCCUCCUCCUAGCUCAAGAGAGGCUAGGUAUUAGUGGGCAUCUGGAUUGGAUCUCCAUGGGCUCACUGUUGCGAAAAGCGAUGUAUAUGGGACUCCACCGCGAACCAGAUCGCGUGCUGCAUUCAAGAAGGACGUACGUCUCUGAGAUGCGAAGACGGCUAUGGAAUACAAUCUUGGAAUUUAACCUCCAGGCGAGUCUGACAUCUGGCGGUGCUCCUCUGAUUGCUCUUGGAGAUUUUGAUACAGCUCCACCUGGUAACCUCAAUGAUGAUCAGAUCAUGAUCGAGCAUGUAGUUCCUGAAAGUCCAGAUACAUUUACUCAGAUGUCCAUUGCACUAGCUCUCCGCACCACCUUUCCACAACGUCUGGCCGUCGUAAAAUUCCUCAAUGGCCUUACUACCAAUAACUCAUACAACGAAACACUGCGUCUGGACACAGACCUACGAACCGCCUACAAAAGUCUAUACCAUCGUCUGCGAUCCCUCUCAAGCAGUCUCUCGCCAUCCUCCUUCGAACUCUCCGCCGUAGAUUUCCUCAUACACCGCUACAUCUCCGCCCUCCACAUCCCCUUCUUCGGACCAGCACUCACCGCUUCCGCCUACGCAUUCUCCCGACGAGUAGUCCUCGAAUGCUCCCUAAAGAUCUGGCGGGCAGCCAGUCCACCAACAUCCACCUCAGAGCCAUCUUCGAUACCUCACAAUGCUCUCCCACGCCUCGUAACACAUACCUCCGGCUUCUAUCCAACAGUAACCAUCCACGCUGCCUUCCUCAUCUCCAUCGAGCUCCGAACCCAACUCCAAGAAGACACCAGUCUCGGUCCCAUCUCUCUACGACCCGAUCUCCUCUCCAUCAUCGAGGAGUCUCAAAAGUGGGCUUUACAAGUCCUAGAAUCCGGCGAGGUGAAUAUCAAGGGGUACUUACUCUUACAUCUAGUAGCCGCGCAGAUUGAAGCGUUAAAGCAUGGUCUGAGCAAGGAGGAGAUAGCGAAGGCUUUGAUAGAGACGGUCGAGAAAGUCGUGGCGACUUGUCUUCCGAUGCUGAAGGAGAUGUUGGAUGUUGCUCCGGCGCAGAGUGCGCAUUUAGCGGAUGCGGGAGGGUCUGGGCAACUGCCCUUUUCUUUGGAUGAUUGGAAUUUUACCCCAGGUGAUGCGGAGCCGAUGGCCUGGAUGUUUGAUGGUUAUGAUGCUACUUUUCACCAAGAAUUAUCUUUCUAGUGAGAAAUUUGCGGAAUACCUACCUACCAAAUAUUAGAGUACCGCUGAUGUGAAGGAUAUUCUUCUCUAUACUCUAAUACUUUUCUCACUCCGCUGGUGUCCGGAAGUCAACAUCAAGUAGAAGCCACCAAGAUGCAAGGCUAAUAAACAGUAAUCUUACACGAGGUAACUAAGUCGCUUUAUAAACACAAAAC